AUGGCGAUGGCUGAUAGACUCAGCGACGAAGAAGCCGCGCUUCCGGCGUCAGGUGCGGGGAUAAGGACAUCAACUGAAUCUCUGCAACGGCCACGUCCACAUACAGAUACAACAGCAUCCGGCUCCGACUUGUCUGCCCCACGAUUCAUACAGGAAGAUGGAACCUACCGCAAGUAUCCGUGGAUUCCGACCAGAGUUCAACGGUACUCCAAGGCUGUGGCAAGAUGGACGAAAGGACCACUGCCUCCGCGACGACGGCAUAUCAAGCCAUUGUUUCCGAAAAUCCAGGAAGCCCCCAUCCGGUUCCUGGACACUUACGUGCCAAAGAAGAAGGCAAGGCUGGCCCUUCUCUUAUUCUUCUAUCUCUGCUGGGGUCUCACCUUUGGAUUGAUGCUACGAUGCUCCAGCCUGGCCGCUGACAUAGGGUCUUAUGGCCAGCCUGUGUCUAUCGACUGCGGCGCUACGUUCUGGAGUUCUGGUAACUCAUGUGGCCUCCAAGGAUCUGACUGCCGUCCUUUUGAGGGGACGAGCCUCGCCUUCCGUUGCCCUGCCUCCUGUGCGGGUUACAAAGUGCUCAAUCCGCGAGCUGUUGGCACCCAAGAAAUAAAUUACGCUUCUUUGGUCAUCGGUGGACCCCCAGAGGAUACCUCAAAGGACCCGAGGGCCACUUAUCGCGGCGACUCGUUCCUCUGCCAAGCUGCCAUCCACGCUGGUGUUAUCACCGACAGCGAAGGCGGCUGCGGAGUGGUCAGUAAGAAUGGCGCAGCGAGCUCCUUUACCAGCUCCCAAAGCAACGGCAUCAAGAGCAUAGGCUUUGACUCGCACUUCCCGCUCUCCUUCGUCUUCCAGCCCGAUAUUACCUGCUUGGCGAAAGACAUGAGAUGGCCCAUCCUUGCCGUAUCCGUCAUUUACACCUCGAUACUGAGCCUCUUCGUCACCUCUCCCUCGGUUUUCUUCUUCACCAUCUUCACCACCAUCUUUAUUCACGUGGGCCUCGUCUCCGACCCCCCUACGCAUAGUAGCAUCCUCGACCUUCUCCAGAUUCUCGUCUCCAGGUUCCUCCCAGCUAUGUUUGUCGCUUUCGUGUUCUACACCUUCUCAAUCUGCCGCACCCUCCGCGGCCUCACCGCGCAGGUCGAGAAAACCAUCCUCUGGCUCGGCGGCUGCUGGGUCGGAUCCCUCACAAACUACACCUUCGACUUCAUCCCCAUCCAGCGCCUAACCCCCCACGACCUCGAGCAGCAGCCCGGCGCCAAAGCAGCUCUCGCCUUCAUCGCCAUUAUCCUCAUCGCCAUAGUCGUACAACAAAUCUGGAACUUCCGCCUCGAAGGCCGCCUGCUCCGCUAUCUCAGUUUCUACGCCGUCAUCAUCCUCGGAAUCAUCAUCUGCAUCUGCAUCCCCGGCCUAAACCUGCGCAUCCACCACUACAUCCUUGCCAUCCUCCUCAUUCCCGGAACAAGCAUGCAAACCCGCCCCAGCCUGCUCUACCAAGGCAUCCUCCUCGGCCUCUUCAUCAACGGUAUCGCGCGGUGGGGCUUCGACUCUCUCCUCCAAACUGACGCCGCCCUCCUCGACGACGCCCAACACAACUCCAAACUCCCCACCCUCCUCCCCCCCGCCAUCAAACUCGCCAGCGCCACAACCAGCAACUCCAACAUCACCUUCACCUGGCCCGACCUCGAGACCUCCUUCGACGGCAUCAGCAUCCUCGUCAACGACGUCGAGCGCUUCCGCGGCUUCGUCGACGACGAGCCCCGCAACGGCCGCGGCUUCAUGUGGGAGCGCCAGCCGGGUCUGGACGUGAACGAGUAUUUCCGCUUUGCGUUCAUGCAGGGGACCGAGACGUUGGAUUAUACUAAGGGGGGCACGUGGACAAAGGACGGAAAGUGGGUCGAGAUGGCCCCGGGUCCGAGUCGGCGGGUGAAGAGGGAGGAGAGAGGCAGGGGAUUGCUGGGGGAGCCGAGGCGGUGAUGCCGGGUCCCGUUGGCUUUUGUUCGGAGAGAAAGCGUAGGGGGGGCGAUGGUACUGCAGUGUGAUGGGAUGGCUGGAAAGCUUGUCGGAAAGUUGAAGGUGGGUUGGAGUUUGGGUUGAUACGACGUUACGACAUUGGCUCCUCUGAUGCCGACAUCUGGGAUACCCUAAGAGUUUGACUGGGUAGAAGGAGUUUGGGGAUCUGGGAUUUUCAGUCAGAUAUUUGACAAAAGCACAUAUGGGAGGAGUACACACAAUUUCUCCAGACAGAGUCGAGAUCUGGAUCUCGCGGCGGGACUGCAUAUCUUGGAAGGCAUAACGUAAGUGACGGUGUAAUGCGGGGGGGACUGGGUAACGCGGUGGAUUUCUGAAGACGACGCAACAAAACUGUAAAUUUAACUACAAUCAACAACGAUACAUGACCCGCUGUCACUCUGAGAUUGUUCCCCU